AUGGCGACGAGCCAGAAACCAUGGGCAGAUGGCCCUUUCCCGCUCGUCAGCAAUUCAAAGCUCAAGCUCAAGGAUGGAGAGAAAGCCCAAGGCGCCAAGGAGAUGGCUAUGGAGAUGAUCAUCGUUCACAAUAUCCUGCUGCGCAUCAUCAACUCGAUCUACCUCCAGUGCAUCAACGUGGGCGUCAGAGGCACCCAGCAGGACAUCGACGACUUUGUCCAGUAUGCCAGGCUCUGGCACAAGGGCGUGACGCAUCACCACCAUACCGAGGAGACGAUGAUUUUCCCUGACAUCGAGAGGAUGGCGGGCGUGCCCGGGUUGAUGGAGGCCAACGUCGCACAGCACGAGGCAUUCCACGACGGCAUGGAAUCAUACGAGUCGUAUCUCGAAAGAGUCAGCGCUGGGGAGGAAAAGUAUGACGGCCUCAAGUUCAAGCAGAUCAUCGACUCUUUCGCAGACGUGCUGCACCAACAUCUCACAGAUGAGAUCGAUACGCUGGUGAAGUUGCAUGAGGAACACGCGGACAAGGCCGAGUGGGGUGUGUGGUACAAGAAGACAAUGGAUGAGAUCUUGAAGGCGACCAAGGACCCAGAGCACGCGACAACCGUUGUCCCCCUCAUCUUCACGAAUCACGAGAAGGGAUUUGAGAAUGGGUUUUCCGCAAGCUGGCCUCCGCUGCCUUGGUUCUUCAUGUUGAUCGUCAAGUGGUGGUUCAUACCGACGAACAAGCAAUGGUGGCGAUUCUCGGCGUGCGACGCGAAUAUGAAGCGACGGGAGUUGCCCUUCGUUUGA